AUGGCGUCGCGGAUUCGAGCCUUUUCUGCGGUCUCCGCCGGCUCCAUGUCCUUUCCCAAUAUCCAGGUCCUGCCUCAGGAAGUGGAAACCAGGUUUGCUCUCCGGAUAAGUAUUUAUGAGUAAGAUUUGGAAAAAAAAAUGAAUCAACUUUCAUGUGCAGGAAAAGAAAAAAGAAAAAUCAGUUUGUGAAAAAAUUAGCAACUUCGGUACAUGCAGAGUGUAGGAAAUCACUUUCAAUUUUCUUGGAUUUUUGAUUUUUCAUGCUGUGUUCAGACUAGCUUCCGCGAAAUGCAAAACUAUCUCUGACUCUCCGAAGUUUAUUUAUCUUUUUCUUUCUCUGAUGGUUAUUUCGGAUUUCGCGGAAUAACUUCGAACAGGGCAUUAACGAGACGAUAACAUUUUAAAAAAAAGUUCAAAAUAAGAUUAAUUUUUUUUACAAACUUCGAGAUCAAACUGAACUGUUUGACCCGUGGAUCCGAGGCCUCAAAAAUUUUGAACAAGGUUUUCUGAAAACUGUCAAUAAAGGAAAAAUAUACAAAUGGUCUUACUCGGACCUUAUCAAAAAAUAAACAAAAAACUUUCCUCCAAUUACCUUACUUUACUAAUAAACGGCAACAGUUUUCUCUUGACCUCACUCCGCAAAACCCGAAAACCCUAGGGGGGAGGACAUGGACGGCCAGAAGUCUUCGUGGUCUGCACUUUGGUUCGGAAACGGCGUUCAACUUGUCCUAGGACUUCAGCUCUCCAUGUACUUCACCUCUAUGUGGCCAUACUUGAGCAAGGUUUUUUUUUAGAAUUUCGAUCCAAUAAUUCGAAUACUUUCAGCUCGAUCCUUCUGCCAGUCUCUCUUUUUUCGGUGUCGUCCUCGCAAGUUUCAGUUUUGGCCAGGCUAUUGUAUGUUAUGAGCAGUUGGGGGUUAUCUUGAGUGAUCUACAGGCAUCUCCUGUUUUCGGAACCUGGUCGCAGAAGACAGAAUCUUUCAAGCCUCCCAUCGCAACAGGUCUCGUUCUGUGCUCCUGUGGUACCUUUUCAACUGAUUUCGCCACAACAGAAGCAUUCUUUGCUAGGUCAUUUGCUGUACGGUUUGCUGCCGACGAUCGGAUGGCAGCCGAAGUGGCUCAUGUUGGCGGCUCGCAUCAUCGUCGGCGUCGGCUCUGGAAAUCUCUCCGUUCUCCGCUCCUUCACCUCGGCCGCGUCGACGUUGGCCGACAGGAACAAGGCCGUGGCGACGUCCAUCGCCGGAUACGUCUCUGGAAUGAUCAUCGGGCCUGUCAUCCAGGUUCUUUUCUUCCCAAGUGAAAUAAAUAUUCAAAUAUUCAAGUUUGAAAAAAUUCUGAAUUUUUGAUCAAUUGUUAGAUACCUAUUCUUUGUAAAGUAAUUUAGCCCUGACUUAAGCAAAAAAGUGAAAAAUUAGGGCCAAUUGUUUAACCUUGGCAUCAGAUAUUAGAACUGACACCAAGUGACGUACUUCAUUGAAUUCCCUCCAAUCGAGAGUUUUUCUCCCACUUUAUAAGGCUCGUUAUACUGUUUUGCCAGCGGAAUGAUGGUUGAACCGACAACGAUGCUUUAUUCAUUGAAUGAAAAGUAUUUCAAAGGCUGGCUUCGGUCUCAUGGGCUCGAAUAGACUGUACAUCGGCCGUCUGGAAGUGGACUCUUACACCUUGCCGGCGUUCCUCAUGACGUUGGUCAACGUCGUCUUCGCUGUACUCACCUUCUACUUCUUCACGGACAGCUACGUCGGCAUCAUCGACGAAGAGGAGAAAGGCGAAGGCAAUGAGAAGAUUGUGGUUCCGCCAUUCGACAGAAUCGCCGCGUUCAUCUGCAUUUAUCUGUGGUUUGUCACGCAGACGAUCGGCGUCAACAUCGAAUCGUAGGUCUGAAAAGGGCUUCGAAGUUUGAAACAACUGUUCAGGCUGUGCUCGCCGUUCACAAUCGCCAUCUACAGCUGGACCAACAACCAGGCCAUCGUCUACAACGGGAUUAUUCAGACGGCGUCCUGCGUCCUCAGCGUCAGCCAGUACCUCACCGUGGCCUUCACUCGGGUCGGCAAAAUGUCAGUUUUUGUUCAAUUUUUCGAUUUUAUUCAAUCGAGUUAAUUUCUCAAUUCAAUUUCUCAAAUCGCUGCAACUGCGCUUUUCUAACUUUCUCAGAUUUUUAUGUUUGGUCACUCUCCAGCAAGUUGAAAAAGUUUUUAUAAAAGUUCAGAAGGAGAAAAAAUUUGAAAAAAGGGCUUUGAAAAGUAGAUUGGAAACUAGAGACCGCGAAACGUGUUACAGAGACCGACGGAAGCAAAUAGUUUUUGGAAUCACGGUGUUCGCCAUCUACUACCUCAUAUCUCUGCCUUGGCCCUUCUACACCACCAGAUUGACCUACAACUCGACGGCUACAGAUGGGGCGUGCACGUUUCCUUGGUGUCAGAAUGCUCGCAGGUGAUCUACAUCCGAGAAUCCUGAGUCAAUCCCUUUUCCAGGGUUCCUUUCGUUGCCUACGUGAUCGCCUACAUCGUUGGCUUCGGCAUGGCCUUCCCUUACAUCGGAAACUCUGUCGGAACUCUUUUCUCAGAAGUUCUUGGGCCGCGCCAACAGGUAAUUGUGCUUCAAGUUCAAAAUUUGUCGGACUUCGAUCAGAAUGAAGGAGAAAGUCCAUUGAUUAGAAAACUGUUACUUUCAGGGAAUUAUGCAAGGAGUUUUUGCCUUCGUUGGAAGCAUCGGCCGUUGCGUGGCUCCCAUCAUCACAACGUUAGUUUCUCGUUUCUUCUUAAUCAAGUUACUUUAUUUUCAAUUCAGGACACUUUUUUCGCACACUGGCUACAUUUGGAUAAGUGUGGAGACUCUGGUUCUUCUCGCCAUUGGCGCGAUCAUGACGAUAGUUUUCUGGAGAAGAUUGGUGCCGCUGGAAGUUCGGAUCGAGAAAAACUCGACCACCGUCAGUACAGUUAGCUGA